AUGGGAGUGGUGAGCAGCAAAAAGCAGGUUAAGGAGAAAGCUAAGGGCCGAUGGAGCCCCGUGAAGGUCAACACCCAGAGCAAGACUCCCCCGCCACUGCCACCCCUGGUUGUCUUUAAUCAUCUUGCACCUCCACCUCCGGACAAACACCCAGACCAAGAUGAGCAUUUUGUGGAGGCUCUGUAUGAUUAUAAUGCAGUGAAUGACCGGGACCUGCAGAUGCUGAAGGGAGAGAAGCUGCAGAUCCUGAACGAAGAUGGAGACUGGUGGUUGGCCAAAUCACUCAUCACGGGAAGAAAAGGCUAUGUGCCCAGCAACUUUGUUGCCCGAGUAGAGACCCUGGAAGUGGAAAAGUGGUUCUUUAGAUCAAUUAGCAGGAAAAAUGCUGAGAGGCAGCUUCUGGCUCCAAUCAAUAAGGCUGGUGCGUUUCUUAUCAGAGAGAGUGAAACAAGUAAAGGUGCCUUUUCCCUGUCUGUGAAGGAUAUAACCACCCAGGGUGAGGUGAUCAAACACUAUAAGAUCCGCACGCUGGAUGAAGGAGGCUAUUACAUCUCUCCCAGGAUCACCUUUCCCUCACUCCAAGCCCUGGUGCAGCACUAUUCUAAGAAAGGAGAUGGUUUGUGCCAAAGACUGACCCUGCCCUGUGUGAACCUGGAUCCUCAAAACCCCUGGGCCCAGGAUGAAUGGGAAAUUCCCCGGCAGUCUCUCAAAUUGGUCAGGAAACUCGGGUCUGGGCAGUUUGGUGAAGUCUGGAUGGGUUAUUACAAAAACAAUGUGAAGGUGGCCAUCAAGACCUUGAAGGAGGGAAGCAUGUCUCCAGAAGCCUUCCUGGGAGAGGCCAACAUGAUGAAAACCCUCCAACAUGAGAGACUGGUCCGUCUCUAUGCUGUAGUCACCAAGGAGCCCAUCUAUAUCGUGACUGAAUACAUGGCCAGAGGAUGCCUUCUGGAUUUUCUGAAGACUGAUGAAGGUAGCAGCUUGUCCCUCCCAAGACUGAUUGACAUGUCAGCCCAGAUUGCAGAAGGAAUGGCAUACAUUGAGCAAAAGAAUUCAAUCCACCGUGACUUGAGGGCAGCCAACAUCCUGGUGUCCGAGACCCUGUGCUGUAAAAUCGCCGACUUCGGUUUGGCCCGGAUCAUUGACAAUGAAUAUACUGCUCAAGAAGGUGCCAAGUUUCCUAUCAAGUGGACGGCCCCAGAGGCCAUCCACUUUGGUGUGUUCACCAUCAAAGCAGACGUGUGGUCAUUUGGAAUCCUCUUGAUGGAAAUUGUCACUUAUGGGCGUGUGCCAUACCCAGGCAUGAGCAACCCAGAAGUCAUCCGCAACCUGGAGCGUGGCUACCGUAUGCCGCGUCCGGACUCAUGCCCGCCGGAGCUAUACAACAGCGUCAUCAUCGAAUGCUGGCGGAGUCGGCCGGAGGAGAGGCCCACCUUCGAGUUCCUGCAUUCGGUACUCGAGGACUUCUUCAUGGCCACUGAGCAACAGUACGAGCUCCAGCCCUAG